CCCACUUGGUUUUAAAUUUCUCCUUCUUAAGCUCUGUUAACACCAACGUUUCACUAAACCUGCAGCCUACUUGCCUGCCUCUGGAAAACCCUAGCAGUAGCAGUAGCAGAAGCAGUCCUCCUCCUCCAAAGCCUUCCACUUUAUGGUUGUAAUUGGUUUUAUUGGUCUCUCUGAUUUAGCCAUCAUAGAAAGUUGAAGGGAAGAUCUCGAGCCAAACAAAAGCUCAGAGUUUUGGUGCAUUGAAGUGAAAUGAAGAUAUUGCAGGAUAAACAGAAAUCAACAGAAAAGCAAUUUCCGCAUAAUGACCGACAAAAUGGCGUUAGUGAGGUCCCUACGCUGGACUCUGGUUCAGUAACUAUUUCCAGCAACAAGAGCACAAAGGUCACACGUGAAGAUAUUGAAGUUGUCCAGAAUUUGAUUGAAAGGUGUCUGCGGUUGUAUAUGAACAAAAAUGAAGUCGUCGAUACCCUGUUAGAUCGUGCUAGGAUUGAGCCUGGCUUUACAAGCUUGGUACUGCAGAAAUUGGAAGUAGAAAAUGCAGAAUUUUUCAAGGCUUACUACACGAGGCUAAAGCUGAAAAAUCAAAUUGUUAUGUACAACCGUUUGCUUGAGCAACAAUACCAGCUGAUGAAACAGCAAGAGCCUCCAGAGGUUCCAUUGCCUCCUAUGCAUAAUGGAAUGCAUUACACGCCUGUUAACAAUUUACCUAUGGGAUACCCCGUCAUGCAGCAGCCUCCAUUUCCGUCUAAGGGUCAUCACCAAAUCAAUUCCAUGGGCACUAUAGCGAGUUGUCAUUUGGUCAAUGGAAUCCCUGCUCAAGGAAAUUUCCACCAUAUGCCACUAAACUUAUGUCAAGAUGGUAUCAAGACGGAGUUGGUUUCAAGUCCAGUAUCAGUGUCCAAUGGCCAGUUUCCUUACACUCCAUCAGAAAUAUCAGGGCAAGGUGCAGACACAUCGGUGCUUGACUCUGCAUUUACUUCUCAUUUCACAAAUUUGGAGAGGUUCGGUAUUGGAACAGAUGGUGGAAAGUUAUCGGGGCAGGCUCCUUGGAAUUCCGGGCUUUUUGAUACUGCUGGAUGGCCAAACUUACCAGAUCUUGGAGCACUUGGAAACUAUGCGGGUUCACCCUUUCUGCCUUCCGACUCGGACCUUAUGCUUGAUUCUCCACAGCAAAAUGACAUGGUGGAAGAGUUCUUUGUCGACCCUGGGCAAGGCUCUCAAUCGGAGUAAACUUUCUUGCGCGCCAAGGCACAACGUCUUGUGUAUUUUGGUUAUAUCAGACAGGCUUUAGGUCGAACUCCUGAUCAUCAAGGAACAUAUGCUAUUCUUGAGCAAUCGUUUUCUUACAUACGUCUAUGGGUUUGACUACCGAUUUCGCAUGUUCAAUAAUUUAGGGAUUGUGCCCUAAAACAUGAAGAGCUCCAUUCUCAAAUGACAAGGAUUUGAAC